AUGGAAAGAAGUAGACACCCUGACUGUGAUGCAUUUACUUUCACAAGAUUUAGAAAUUGGAAAAAAGUCAAUAAUGGAAAGAAUUGUGCCUUUUUGAAUCAUGUUGGGGAAGAUCCUUGCUCACCCCACAAUAAUGCUGUGAAAUAUUGUGAUGAUCUAUUGAAUGAAUCAGUGCAUAUAGAUAAAGUGAUGAAUGUGCAAAGAUCUGAACAAAUUCUAAAUAAUCGACUGCAGAUUAUUAGAAUUUUGGCAUCUUAUAAUGAUAAGGUUGCACAAGUUGUUUUGGAAAAUGCUCCUAAAUCUGCUAAGUACACUUCACCUACAAUUCAGAAGGAGAUUCUGCAUGUUAUUGCAAGUAAAGUGCGGAGUAAGAUUCGUGAAGACAUUGGGGAUUCCAAAUUUUGUAUUAUUGUUGAUGAGUCACGUGAUGAGUCAAAGAGAGAGCAACUGGCUCUUGUUUUGAGAUUUGUUGACAAUGAUGGCUUUAUACAAGAACGCUUUUUUGAUCUUUCUCGUGUUAAAGACAUUGUUGCAUUGACCCUGAAGAAAGAAAUAUAUGCUAUUCUUUCUCAUCACUGUCUUGACAUUCAAAAUAUUCGUGGACAAGGAUAUGAUGGUGCUAGCAACAUGUGUGGUGAAUGGAAAGGAUUGCAAGCCUUAGUUCUUAAUGAUCUUCCUUAUGCAUACUAUGUGCAUUGCUUUGCUCAUCGGUUACAAUUAGCAUUAGUUGCUGCAUCAAGAGAGGUAAUCCCUAUCCAUGAAUUCUUCUUGAAUUUAAAUUUCAUUAUCACUACAGUUGGUUCUUCGUGUAAACAUAAUGAUGAACUAAGAGUUGCUCAAGCUGCAGAAAUUGCUAGAAUGUUAGCUAUUGAUGAACUUGAAACAAGAACAGGAGCAAACCAAAUUGGGGCUCUAAAACGGGCUGGAGAUUCUUGUUGGGGGUCUCAUUUUAAUUCUAUUUGUAGCCCAAUGAGGAUGUUUGGUCCAAGUUGUUUGGUGCUUGAAAAUAUAAAGGAAGACGUGUCCACCUACUUGCAACGUGGAGAUGCAAAUGUAGCUCAUAAAAUUAUUAAUUCAUUUGAGUUUAUAUUUAGUUUACAUCUAAUGAAGGAAAUCAUGGGUAUUGCUGAUGUUCUUUGCCAAGCUUUACAGCAAAAAUCUCAAGACAUCUCAAAUGCCUAA